AUGCACUACAAGAACUACAAUGAUGCUGUUGUGGAUAUCUGGAGACACUCCAACAACGCUGCACUCGAUACUAGCCAACAAAAAGAACAAUCUAACAUGCCCAUCAGCCUCAAGGACAAACUAUAUGAGAUAGUUCGGUACGGAACUCUAGCUCCCUCCAGCCACAACACACAGUGCUGGAAGUUUCGGAUUUCAGAACAAGAUUCUUCCAUUCAUGUACUCCCCGACUUUUCCCGUUCCUGUCCAAUAGUCGACCCAGACAAUCAUCACUUGUUUGUUUCCCUGGGAUGUGCCGUGGAGAAUAUGGUUUUGGCAGGCCGUGCCUUGGGCCUUGACUCCGAGGUCGAUGCUAGCAAUCCGAAAGCAAAUGGCAUUCGAAUCCAGUUUUCACCAGGCAAGGUCGACAGGGAAGACCCCUUCUUUCUGGCUAUCCCGGAGCGCCAAUCCUCCAGGAGUGAGUACAAUGGCGAGCCAUUACCCAAGGAGGAUCUGGAAUUGCUGAAACAAGCUGGCACUGGCAAUGGUGUUCGUGUGGAACUGUUCACAGAUGCAGAAUCCAUUGGCAUCAUCCGUGAUUACGUCCUCCAAGGCAACUCGGUCCAAAUUGCCAACAAAGCCUUUGUGACGGAGCUCAAAGAAUGGAUUCGAUUUGAUGGUGGUGACAUUCUGAAACACAAGGACGGAAUCUACUCUGCGUCUACGGGCAAUCCUAGUCUCCCGCGAUGGCUGGCAAAUUUUGUCUUUCCCCUGGUGUUUCAAGCGGGCCCCGAGAAUCAAAAGUGUGUCAAACACAUUGCAAGCUCGGCAGGUGUGGCAAUCUUCGUUUCGGAGCAAGAUGAUGCUGUGCAUUGGGUGGAGGCUGGACGGUGUUAUGAACGCUUUGCGUUGGAAUCGACCGUGUUGCAGGUUCGCAAUGCCAUGCUCAAUCAGCCUGUGGAGGAAGCGUCUUUGCGUCCGGCAUUCCUAAAAGCACUUGAGUUGUCGGGGGCACGUCCGGAUUUGGUGGUGCGGUUUGGAAAGGGUCCCACAAUGCCACGAUCGUUGCGUCGUUCAGUGGAUGAUGUGAUUAUUGUGGAAGAGUAA